AUGUCAAUUGAAGGAAAAGCAUUUUUAUUUCUGCCUGAGGCGGUAAUAAUAAAUCCAUUACUUUGUCAAAGAAAAAGUGGAAACUUGGUGUUGUUUGAGACUGGGAUGACUAAAGUUGUUCCAAAAUCCCACCAAGCUGGUUUUAAAAUCUCCCGUUCUGUAAAGUAUCAAAAUUUCCCCAAUUAUUUCCAGCGGAAAGCAGUAAAAUCUGAGGAUUAUUUUGUGCCAAAUGCAACCAGAAUAAAUUCUGAGGUGCAAGAUUUGUUCGAAAGUUCCGUGAGUGGAAAUGCUACUCCUUGA